UAAAUGCGAAUCGCAUUUAAAGUAUACUCGUAGUUCUUAAAUUUGCCUCAAGUAAAUUAAUCUACUUUCAGUGGGAAAUCUAAGAUUUUAUUAUUUUAACUUACGUUUAUAUACAAGAAUUGUGCAUUGGAAAACGAUAUCAAGUGAAUUAAGAUUGAAUUUACAAUUAAAUCAUGCCAAAAAUGACACAAAAAAAAGUGCUUUAGCGUCUUGGAAUUUUCAUGAAAUAAUUGAACAUGAAUCGACUUAAAAGUUGAAAAGUGAUCAUCGUAAAACAUUUGCUACAUCGUUUAAUUUAAAUAAAAUAACGAGAGUUAAGAAAAAGAAAAAAAAAAACUCAAGUUUUCUUUCUAACAAUAAAAACAUCAACAAUAAAAUCGGAGAAGAAAAGUGAAAAGACAUCGAGUCGAGUCGAAUCGAGUGAAGAACGAAGAAAAGAAGAAAGUUCUAAAUAAAACACUGACACAGAUAGAAAGAGAACAUAACACGAGUGGAGCAUAAUAAAUUGAGAGCGUUUGUUGGUGUGACUGGUUGAUGUGCUUCUCAUCCUCAGUUACAAAGAAGACCCAGUCGCAAUGAAGACAGAGAACGUCAUCGUUACACAAGUUAAAGUUGAACCAUUAAACUAUGUUGUGGGCAACAGUCAAUCAUAUGGAGAUAACUUGUAUGGUAGCGCUACGAAAAAGCAACGAUUAGAAAGUGAUGAAUGGAUGAAUCACAAUCAAUCAAAUAACAACAUGAAUCUCGAAUCUUCCAAUAUGAAUCACAAUACAAUUAGUGGCUUCUCAUCCCCCGACCUCACAUAUGAAGCUUACAGUCCUAACGGAAAAAUGGGAAUGGAUGAUUCUAAUAAUAUGAGUCUACAUAUGGGCGAUGGAAUGGAUGCUAAGAAGUCAAAGAAAGGUCCUGUACCACGACAACAGGAAGAGUUGUGCCUCGUAUGUGGUGAUCGUGCCUCGGGAUAUCAUUAUAAUGCUUUAACAUGUGAAGGGUGUAAAGGAUUUUUCCGACGUAGUGUAACAAAGAAUGCUGUUUAUUGUUGUAAAUUUGGACAUGAAUGUGAAAUGGAUAUGUACAUGAGACGUAAGUGCCAGGAAUGUCGCUUAAAGAAAUGUUUGGCUGUGGGUAUGCGCCCUGAGUGCGUUGUGCCAGAAAAUCAAUGUGCUAUUAAAAGGAAGGAAAAGAAAGCACAAAAGGAGAAGGAUAAAGGAACUGGCACAGGUAAUAGCAGCAGCCUUGGUGGUGGAUCGACAAUUGUCAAUAGUAGUAGCAGUCCAGUAAAAGCUUCACAAGAUGCUUUCAAGAAUGAAAUAUUGCCCCAAUUGAUGAAAUGUGAGCCACCACCUCAUUCAAUGCAUCAACUUUUACCCGAGAAGCUUCUAUUGGAGAACAGAAAUAAGAACUUACCUCAACUAAGUCCAAAUCAAAUGGCCGUCAUCUAUAAGUUGAUAUGGUAUCAAGACGGCUAUGAACAGCCUUCAGAGGAAGACAUAAAGCGAAUAUCAUUGGACAUUGAAGAUGAAGAAGACAAACAGGAUGCCCAUUUUCGAUAUAUCACCGAAAUAACGAUAUUGACGGUGCAAUUGAUUGUAGAAUUUGCGAAAGGGCUUCCAGCUUUUGUAAAAAUACCACAAGAGGAUCAAAUAACGUUACUAAAGGCAUGUUCCAGUGAAGUGAUGAUGUUGCGCAUGGCAAGACGUUAUGAUGCUGGCACCGAUUCCAUCUUAUUUGCGAAUAAUCGUUCGUAUACAAAAGAAUCUUAUCAGAUGGCUGGAAUGGAAGAUACGAUCGAUGAUUUGUUACACUUUUGUCGUCAAAUGUACUCGCUGCAAGUAGAUAAUGUAGAAUAUUCUCUACUCACUGCCAUCGUUAUCUUUUCUGAUCGACUGGGACUCGAGAAAACCGAAUUGGUCGAACACAUUCAAAGCUACUACAUAGAAACUUUAAAAGUUUACAUUAUUAAUCGACACGGUGGCGAUAUAAAAUGUAGCGUUCAAUUCGCAAAACUUUUGUCCAUUCUUACCGAGCUUCGGACGCUGGGCAAUAAGAAUUCCGAAAUGUGCUUUUCAUUAAAAUUAAAAAAUCGAAAACUGCCACGAUUCUUAGAAGAGGUGUGGGAUGUAUCGGAUACACAAUCAGCUCAGAACCAAACGGCCACCACCAAUUGCGAAAAUAUUGUGAUAAAAAUAAUCUUGGGUGUAAAAUCGCAAAGAUUUUUUGUAAAAGGUCCCGCAUAUGNAUGUUCCAGUGAAGUGAUGAUGUUGCGCAUGGCAAGACGUUAUGAUGCUGGCACCGAUUCCAUCUUAUUUGCGAAUAAUCGUUCGUAUACAAAAGAAUCUUAUCAGAUGGCUGGAAUGGAAGAUACGAUCGAUGAUUUGUUACACUUUUGUCGUCAAAUGUACUCGCUGCAAGUAGAUAAUGUAGAAUAUUCUCUACUCACUGCCAUCGUUAUCUUUUCUGAUCGACCGGGACUCGAGAAAACCGAAUUGGUCGAACACAUUCAAAGCUACUACAUAGAAACUUUAAAAGUUUACAUUAUUAAUCGACACGGUGGCGAUAUAAAAUGUAGCGUUCAAUUCGCAAAACUUUUGUCCAUUCUUACCGAGCUUCGGACGCUGGGCAAUAAGAAUUCCGAAAUGUGCUUUUCAUUAAAAUUAAAAAAUCGAAAACUGCCACGAUUCUUAGAAGAGGUGUGGGAUGUAUCGGAUACACAAUCAGCUCAGAACCAAACGGCCACCACCAAUUGCGAAAAUAUUGUGCGCGAGAAAUUAAAUCGUCAAGAGAAUUAUUAA